AUGCCCCUACAAUACGAACCCGGUUUCCACAAGGCCAUGGCCCCUCUGUUGGCUGCGAAAGCCGCAGCUCCGAAGACCGACAUGACCGACCCAUUUGCUGUCCGCUCUGCCAUGAGUCCCUCUUUCGAGAGCUUGAUGAACAUGCUCCCUGACAUUCCUGAGGUUGAGCAUGAAGUUCAUCACCUUACAUCUUACGAUGGACAGUCCAUUGCAAUCCACCGCUACCACAGGAUCGACCAGGAUACGACAAAACCAGGGCCAGUGAUUCUUCAUAUCCACGGCGGUGGUUUGAUCUUUGGUAGCCCUGCAAACUUCAAGAAAUGGCAGGCUUCGCUAGCCCGGGAUUCAGGAGUCCAGGUCUUCUCGAUUGACUAUCGAUUGGCUCCAGAGCACCCAUUCCCAACGCCAGUGGAAGAUUGCUACUCUACACUGCCUUGGAUUCACAAGAAUGCUGAAAGAUUCUCCAUCGAUCCAAGCCGCAUCAUCACAUACGGUGAGAGCGCGGGAGGAAAUCUCAUAGCUGCGAUCAAUCUGAUGGCUCGCGAUCGCGGUCUGUCCCCUCCCAUCGCAAAGCAGAUGCUGAUCUACCCCAUGCUCGACGAUCGAACAGUUGAUCCUGUUCCUACAAUGGACGGCCUUCUGACGUGGACGCCCGAAGCAAACGUUACCGCUUGGUCGGCUUAUUUGGGGUCAGACUUUGGGACUGAUCGGGUGUCUCAGUAUGCUGCCCCGGCGCGUGCGACAAGCGUCAAGGGACUUCCGCCUACUUAUAUGGAAUUGGGCACCUUGGAUAUCUUCCGUGAUGAAGAUAUAGAUUAUCUGGCGCGAAUUACCAAAGAGGACAUUGAGACCGAGCUUCAUCUUUAUCCAGCUCUUCCUCACGGAUAUGAUCUCUUUGUUCCACUUGGAAAGGCAGCAGCGAGGGCCAGCGCUGAUAGGCUCGCUGCCAUUGCCAGUGUAUGA